AACGUUUUCCAACACUCACACAACAACGCACAUGUGCAUUGCAGUAGCAUAAGGAAAACAAACUUAAUUAUGGUGCGAAAACUGAAAUACCAUGAGCAAAAAUUGCUCAAGAAGGUAGAUUUCAUCACAUGGAAAGUCGAUAACAGCAGUAAAGAGAAUAAAAUCCUACGCCGCUACCAUAUACAAAAGCGUGAGGACUACACAAAGUAUAACAAAUUGUCGCGGGAAGUUAGAGAACUCACUGAAAAAAUAGCCAGACUAGAUGGAACGGAUCCUUUCAAGGGAGAGGCAAUUGCAAUGCUUAUGAACAAACUGCAUGCGUUGGGUGUUGCCAACGAUCACAUCACCUUGGAGACCGCCAGCAAAAUGUCGGCAAGCAACUUUUGUCGUCGCCGCUUACCCGUCGUGAUGGUCAGACUGAGAAUGUCGGAGAGCCUUAAACAUGCCACCGACCUCGUCGAGCAGGGCCAUGUUCGUGUGGGUCCAGAAAUGGUUAAGGAUCCGGCCUUUCUAGUUUCCCGUAACUUGGAAGAUUUUGUCACCUGGGUAGAUGGCUCCAAAAUUAAAGAGCAUGUGCUUCGUUAUAAUGACAUGCGCGAUGAUUUCCAAAUGUAGACGACGAUUAUGUUUCAAUUAAACUCUUUUUUAGAUUUAUUAUAGAA